GUCAUAAGAACAGCUCUGCAUAACAUGGACAGGGAAGCCAGAGAACAUUAUUCGGUUGUCAUUCAAGCCAAAGAUAUGGCUGGACAAGUUGGAGGGUUAUCGGGAUCAACCACAGUAAAUAUCACACUCACCGAUGUCAACGACAAUCCUCCCAGGUUCCUUCAGAAACAUUAUCAGCUGUAUGUUCCUGAGUCAGCACAAGUUGGUUCUGCAGUAGGCAAAAUCAAGGCCAGUGAUGCAGACACAGGGUCAAAUGCAGACAUGAAAUAUACUAUCAUAAAUGGGGAUGGCUCUGGAAUAUUUUCUAUAUCAACUGACAAAGAAACACGGGAAGGAAUUAUUUCCUUGAAGAAGCCACUCAACUAUGAAAAAAAGAAAUCCUAUACUCUUAGUAUAGAAGGAGCAAAUACCCACCUCGAUUUCCGCUUCUCACAUUUAGGACCUUUUAAAGAUGUGACUAUGUUGAAGAUCGUUGUGGGAGAUGUGGAUGAGGCGCCGUUAUUCACUCUUCCAUUCUAUGUCAUGGAUGUUUACGAAAAUGCAAAGAUUGGGACUACUGUGGGCACAGUAACAGCACAAGAUCCAGACAGUGCUAACAGUUUAGUAAGAUAUUCCAUUGAUCACAACACAGAAGAUAGAUACUUCACUAUUGAUGCAAAUACUGGAACCAUAAAGACUGCCAAGGUCUUUGACAGAGAAGAAGCCCCUUGGUACAAUAUCACAGUCACUGCUUCUGAAAUUGAGAGCCCUGGACUCCUGAGCCAUGUCCCUGUUGGAGUUAAAAUUCUUGAUGUUAAUGACAAUCCUCCAGAGCUUGCCAGGGACUAUGAUGUCAUUGUCUGUGAGAACGCAAAGCCCAGCCAGAUUAUUCAGACGAUCAGUGCUACUGACAGGGAUGACAUUACAGAUGGGCAAAGCUUCCAUUUUGCUCUGGAUGACAAUUUUUCUUUGAAUCCCAACUUUACAUUAAAGGACAAUGAAGAUAAUACGGCCAGUAUCCUGACCCGAAGGAGGAGAUUUAGUCGGACUACCCAGGAUGUGUAUUACCUUCCAAUUGUGAUCUCUGAUGGAGGGGUCCCACCUCUCAGCAGUAGCACCACUCUUGUCAUACGGGUAUGCGCAUGUGAAAGAGAUGGCCGUGUGCGGACCUGCCAUGCAGAAGCUUUCCUCUCCUCUGCUGGAUUGAGUACAGGAGCCCUAAUUGCCAUCCUGCUAUGUGUUGUCAUUCUCCUGGCAAUAGUGGUCCUGUUCAUCACAUUAAAACGCAGCAAAAAGGAGCCUCUGGUCAUUUCAGAGGAGGAUGUCCGGGAAAAUGUUGUCACUUAUGAUGACGAGGGCGGAGGGGAGGAGGAUACUGAAGCUUUUGAUAUUACCGCCCUGCGGAACCCAUCUGCUGCUGAAGAACUGAAAUUCCGGAGGGAUGUUCGGCCUGAAGUGAAGCCCACAACCAAGCAUCCCACUUCAUCUCGUCUUGACACGAUCGAUGUUCAUGAGUUCAUUAAGCAAAGGCUGGCAGAAGCAGACCUUGAUCCUAGUGUGCCCCCUUAUGAUUCUCUACAGACAUAUGCAUAUGAAGGUCAAAGGUCAGAAGUGGGAUCUAUCAGCUCUUUGGAUUCAGCUACUACACAUUCGGACCAGGAUUACAAUUAUCUUGGUGACUGGGGACCAGAGUUCAAGAAGCUAGCUGAACUUUAUGGAGAAAUAGAAUCUGAAAGAACAACUUAAUUAUCUUGAUCAUUCCCCAAAUAUGGAACAUUUUAGU